UGCGUUCGCGUCUCCUCCUCCUCCUCCUUCUCAGAUGUUCCGGGUCAGAUCGCCGCCACUAACUGCUUCGAUUUCAGCUUUGAUUCAAAGAAGAAAUUAGUAUAAGCGACCCCUCCCACCUCCAAUCGAAUUUAGUUGUAAAGAAGAAAGCAGCAAGAUCUAUCCAAUCCGUGAUCCGUCUUGUGUUGUGUACUGGAUUUGUAGCAUAGCAUAGCAGCUGCUCAUGCUGCAGCGGGCGGCAAGCAAUGCCUACUCGUGGUGGUGGGCGAGCCACAUCCGCACCACGCAGUCCAAAUGGCUCGAUGCCAACCUCCAAGAGAUGGAAACCAGAGUCAAGAUCAUGCUCAAGCUCCUCGGAGAGGAAGCUGAUACAUUUGGCAAGAGAGCCGAGAUGUACUACCGCAGCAGGCCAGAGGUGAUCAACCAUGUGGAACAAGUUUACAGGGCUUACAGAGCUCUCGUCGAACGCUACGACCACUUAUCCAAGGAGCUGCAUAAGGCCAACCACACCAUUGCUACUGCAUGCCCUGAACAGGUACAAUAUGCCUUAUUACAAGAAGAAGAGGAGGAGGAUGCUGAUUUCCCCAAAGCCGUCACACCCAUCGACUCCCGCAGAAUACACAACUCGACCGUACAAGAGAUUUUGAAGAGAAAAGGACGAGACCCGUCUGCCAGGAACACCGAUGCCUGUGCUCCUCACAUGACCAAACAGAACGCACAGGAAGAGAUCAGCACACUUCAAAAGGCUAUCCUUGUCCUGCAAACUGAGAAAGAAUUCGUUAAAAGCUCUUACGAGACUGGGAUUGCUAAGUAUUGGGAGAUUGAGAAGCAGAUUGCAGAUACGCAGGACGAAAUAUGUCGCAUCCAAAAUGAGUUUGAUGCACACGCAUCCAUUGAGGAUGAUGAAGCCCGUGCCUUGAUGGCCAUUACUGCUCUUAGAUCCUGUCAGGGUACAGUAGCUAAGCUUAUCAAAAAAUUUGAGGAGUUAGUCAGGACUGCAGCAGGGGAGUCUGAAAAAAUAAGCCAUCUCCGAGAAAGGUUGUAUGCUAUGGACAUUAUCGUUAACCCAUCUAAUAGAGAAGCUGGGGAAGCUGGCACAACAAACAUGACAGUGCAAAAUAGAAUUUAUCCUAAUACUCAGGCAAUACUCGAGCUGCAGCCUAUCUAUGAGAAAAUUGAAAGUUUUUUUGAGCGCGAUUCUGAAUCCAUUGUGGAGGAGAUGGCAGAGAAAGUUGAUGAGCUUGUUGAUAGGGUUGUGAACUUGGAGCUGAAAUUCGCGAAGCAGUCUGCACAAACCAAGCACCUGAAGGAAGAUAAUGAUAGCCUUAAAGAUAUAUUAGAUGAUUUACAAGAUGAGAUGGCACUUCGAGAUGAUCCAAGUGACUUAGGUGAACAUCUCAAGCUAGCAGAAUAUGAGUUGAACAGAGUCAGGGCUCUUGAAAGAGUUGUCAUUGAGGAAGAAGUUCUUGUCAGCACUGCAUUUUCUGAAGUUGUUAGCUGCGUCACUAAUAUUUCAAAUGCAAUUGGAUGUAUUGGCCCCAAAGACCAGACUAGUUUGUCUGCUGCAGCUGAAAAUAAUGUGGAAUUGGAAACACCCUCAGAAGAUAUAAGCACCUCAAUGCAACGGGAAGAACUCAGGGACAUGGAGGUACCAACUAAAGAUGAUAAUUUUCUCAGAGAUAGGUUUAUAAAUGAAGAUGCCUCAAAAGUCAAUGGUCAUGAUUCAUUAAAUGGUACUGAUAGCAUCGUUGAUUGUACAAAGAACAACGAGGAGAACUUUCCAACUGGGAUUUGCUUAAUCCAAGAAGACUUGAGGGAUAAAGGGUCAAUAUUAGCUGGCAAUAGCAGUCAAAUUGUCAUUCCGAGCAAAGAAAUUGAAGGAAAAAUAGAUUGCUCAACGAAAGAAAUACAUUGUAGCUCAUCAAGCGGUACAAAGAAACAUAGAGACGCAGGAAAUGAUGUUGUUGACAACUCUGCUCAAGGGAAAUAUUUGAAAGGUGAAUGUCCACCGACAGCAAUCAGUCAUACUCACCUCCUACACUCAGAGAUUUUAACCAAUAAAUGUGACUUCGAUGAAAAUGAGCCAUCAGUGGCUGUUGCUGUGAAUUCGUUUGGUGACAGCAAUGAAAUACAAGGCUUGGAGAUUGGUGGCGAUGAGAAUUCUAUUACUGGGAACUCCUUUAUCCAGGAGGGAGGACUUGGAUAUGGCAAAUCACUAAAAACACCUGGACAUGUUAAUUUGGUUGGUUCUGCAAACCUAGAUAGUUUGAAUGAUGAAAACACCGCUGAAGAAAUCGCAUUACCAGAAGCUCCUCAUAGGUGCUUCAGUGAUGCAGAUAUGGGACUGGACUUUUGUCAUGCUGAUGAAGCAGUAUAUGUUGGAGGAUUGCCAGAAGAAGAUGGUUGGCUAAUUGCCCCAGAAACUAAUAAAAGUUUGCAUGGAGACAGCAAAGUUGAUUCAUCUGAGGAAGGUGGUUGCACUUCAUUAGAGAAUAAGAACAGCACACAUGAUUUGAGGACUAGUGUAAUUGUGGAUGCACAUUCCUCAAGCGAGUAUCAGGAAGUACCAGAAGUAACAACAAAAUCAGAACAUACCGUUAGUAAAAUUUCUCAUGGGGAGCUAGAGAAGAGGAAUUCGAAAGGCAAAGAACUUGCAGGAGCAGCAAGUACUUUGAGCGAGCCUGGAAGCAGGAAUUGGUGCGUCAACUCCAGUUUGAAGGUAGGGCAAAAGCUUUGCCACAUAUAUAUUGAUAGAAAAGAAGAAAAGGUACAAGAUUAUGGCCCACAGAAGAACCAGAAUCAGGAAAGGAAAAACCACACACCACGCGAUUCCAGUUUGGUUGCAGAAGGAAAUGCACCUAGCUGGCAGGAGUUUCUUCUUGAUGAGAUUGAAGGUAGAGAAGCAAUAUUACUAGACAACUACACUUUACUUCUCUGGAACUAUAAAGAAACAAAGAGAAGGCUUUCUGAAUUGGAAAAGAAAAAUCAGCAACAUCUCGAAGAAACAAAGGUAGUAAUAAGGGAGUUGAGGAAUGCAAAUUCCAUGAAAUAUGUUGAAAUCCAGUCCCUAAGGGAUCUCCUGGAUCCUUCAGAUAUGCCACCGACGCAUAGUAAAAUGGGUCUUAAUGGAACAAAGCACCCUUUGGACACUGAAAUUUCAGUGCUGGAUGGAACUAAUUUAAGCCACACUAGUGCACUGGAGAAUGCUUCACCAUUCGAGGCGAAAUUUAGAUCUGACAUUGAUGCUCUGGUUGAGGAAAACCUGCAGUUCUUGGUAAGGUUUAGCAUGGCUUGCCACCACAUGCAGGAAUUUUACAGCAAAUAUCAGGAGCUACAGAAGGGAUUGGGGAACUUUGAAGAUAAGAAGACAGGAGAACCUGAUACUGCAGCCGAGCCUGAUCCUGCUGAAAAGAACUUGAGAGAGCUCAAAACUGAACUGGAUGUGUGGUUUGAACAGAAUGCACUUCUUGAUCAAGAACUGCAGCUUAAAACCAGGUAUCUUUGCAAAUUUCAAGAGGAUAUAGCUGAAGCCUUGCGUGCUAGCCCAGAGACUGAUGGUGGCAAGUUUACACCAUAUGAAGCAGCCAAGUUUCAAGGGGAGGUACUGAACAUGCAACAGUCUAGUGUUAAGAUCGAGAGAGAGUUACAGGCAGCACUGAAGCGCAUGAGGGAACUCGAAGGCAAGGUCAAUGAUGGCUUGCAAAGGCUGAAUGAGAGCUUUGAUCUUUCAUCCAGGCGGUCAUCUUUGGUAGAGGCAGAAAGCAGCAGCUACAACAGCCAAUUCAAGCAUUUCCCAACUAGAACAAGAGUGCCAUUGCGGAACUUCCUAUUUGGCGCAAAACCAAAGAAGAAAUCAAUAUUUGCCUGCAUAAAUCCUACGCUGCAGAAACAGUUCAGCGACCUGUGAGGUGCGCAUGCUUCUUUUUUGCUGUGAGCACUCCUGAGUUCAUUUCAAUAGCUUAACUUUGGUAGACGCUGCACUUCAGUAUAAAUAUAGUAACCAUGCGAACUUCGGUUUCGUGGAGUCACCCAGCUUAUUACACAGGGUGCAUGAAGGAGCACUUAGGUUUGUUACUACUCCGUAUUACUUUGGAGUCAAACUUAUUGGCAUUUGAUGUAUUGUAAACAAAAGUAGUCUAGCGUUAAAAAAUAUGGUUUCUUAGAGGAGUACAAGGGUUUUUAUUUUGUUGGAUGUAUCAUGUAUAGUCUGCUUUAAAUCAUUCGAAAGGAGAUCCAUGAAGAGCUAGUUCCGGCCAUCUUAGGCUAGGCUGUAGCAUGCAGCACGCUUUGCCAUUUUGGCGAUCUGUAUGCAACCGUGUGCUAUUUCAUUAAAUUUGUUCAUUACAUUGGUUACUCAAAAAGAUGCACUGUAUAUACACACUGCUAGCGGUGUGGCGUGCCUGCCAAAUGUUUAUGCAA